UUUCGUUUUGCGUAGGUGGUCCAUUAUUUCAAUUGUAUUUGUCGUUCUCCGCCCACGAUGCAGUCCCCGCCGCCUACCAGAGAUCCCCACCGACCGUCCGAAUCCGAAUCCACGGAGCCGGAAAUCCCAGCCACCGGCACCAGCACCAGCACCAGCUCAAACCCGCUCUACCCCUCUAUCCUCCCCACGUCCGCCACUCUUCUCGCCACGAAACUCGGCCCCACCCUGCCAUACUACCAAUCCCAAACCCAUCCCGGGUCCUCCGGCGGUGGCGGGGUUGGCGGCGUCCCCGCGGCGGCGGCGGACCCGGAAGAGGCAAGGCGGCAGGAGAUGGCGUAUCGACUGCGGGCGAUGCCCGAACAGUGUUUUUCGUGGUGUACCCAGAGCGAGAUGGCGAGGCCGCUUUGUAGGAUGCUUUGUGUUAGGAAGAGGGCGCCGGUGCGGAGUAGGGAAGAGCAGUUGAAGAGGUUGAGGCCGCAGCUGCGGGUGAGGCAGGGAGAGGUUGAGAGUGCGAGUGCGAGUGUGUUUGCGAGUGUGGUGUCCUCGAGCGAGCAAACGUUGUCAUCGUCGUCGUCACCACCACCGCCACCAUCCAUAUUCGAUUGGCUUCAUUCUCCUAUUGAAACACUGCGUUCACGGAUAACACCGUAUUCAAUCAUAUACAUUCGCGGUACGCCUGAUGGUGUGAUUGGGAGGUAUAUGGAGGAGCUUGAAUGGGAUGAUGGGGUGUAUGAUUUUAAAGGGAUAUCAAGGGGACAAGUUGCAAAGUCUGCAGGAAGAAGAAGGGAUGAGGAUUUCAAGAUGGAAUGGCUCGAAUGGGGCGAUCACGGAACACUACUGCAUUUACCUUUGGCGUUUAUAUUCUCACCCAUCCUCGCGUUGCCGGAGAAUAUCAACCGUCUUCUCUCGCCCUCACUCAAUUUUCUCUCUGCCUACAAGGCUUCGUUCACUGAAGGCGGCCAGGCCCGGAAUGUGCUCAAGUUUGUCGAGACGGUGAAGAGUAAUGGGGCGGGGGAGAUGGUGGAUAAGAUUAGUACGUUUAUAGAGAAGCGUGUGCAGGAAGGGAGGGAGAAGAGGGAGGAGAUGAUGAAGCAGAGGCAAGAGAGGAUGAAGGAUAUGAAGGAUGUGGGUAGCGAGGUGGAAGGGAAGGGGGAAGAGAGGCAGUAGAGUCGGUAUCGGGUGUAUGUUAUGGUAUGCAUCGGACAAGCCAAGGCUGUCAAUUACUAUUGUCUA